AUGAAACUCCCCACACAUUUCUCAGGUACAGUUGUUAAGGGUUUUCAGAGGGGCUCCCGCCAACUUGGUUUUCCAACAGCAAAUAUUGAUCCGAAGUCAUGGACCAUUGAUCUUUCUGAAGAUGAUUUCGGUGUUUAUUGCGGAAUUUGCUCAAUAAACAAUGGCCCUGAAUAUAAAUGUGUAUUCUCCAUUGGCAAAAAUGUCACAUUCGAGAUGACUACUCCAACAUUUGAAGUUCAUAUUCUUAACUUCGAUGAAGAUAUUUAUGGCGAAAAGAUUACAGUUUAUGUUCAUCAUUUCAUCAGAAAAAUGCGUGCAUUUAAGUCAAUUGAAGACUUGAAAUCAAGAAUUUCUCAGGAUUGCUGCGAAACAACCAAUUUCUUCUCUAAGAACAAUGCCCCUGUUUUGCAAAAUCUCUAA